AUGGGAGGACGACGACGUGCGUGGAGGUCUCAAUGCUUCUUGUGUUGGCUUUGGGUCGCUUGGGUCGCCUUCUUUCGUCUCCACCUUCCUGGACACCCACAUCGCACUCAACCGUUCUGCAGCAGCCCAUCUUGUUGCGGCUUGAUCACUCACCCUACUCACCCUGCGCCAGGUGGCAGGCCAGGCUCUCGUAGCUUGCAGAGCUUGCAGAGCUCACCCCGGCUUCCAGGAUCCACCUUGUCAGCCCAGCCUCCUCUCUUCGAAGCGUCGGAGCCACUGGUGGACCGCGAGUCCGGCGCGUGCGACGGGGCGUCGGCGGUGGCGGCCUGGCUGGGUGAGGAAGAGGUGGAGCGGAUUUGGAAGGCCUUUCGUGCAAAGGCACUGGAGGCGAUCCAUUUGGGAGACUUGGCACCUGGCAUCGAGCUGGAGUUGAUCUCUGCCUUGGAUUUGCAAACGAUCACGUGGAACCAAGUGCCAGUGAAGCUCAAGCAGCAGUUACGGUUGCCCUUUCGAGACAAAGGCAUCGACUCCUUAGCCUUGAACCUCUCCGUGGCGGUUCAAGCGAAGGAUUAUGCUGGGACGGUGCCGUGGAAUCGUUUGGGCACGUUCUACACGCUGGCCAAGGCCCACUUCUCUCCGCUGAAGCCCUAUGUGCAGCAGCUGAUCGUGGCCACCAACCACAGCACCGUCCUCCCCGAGGACUGGUUGCGCUUCACCGGCGCCCGGCAGCGGCGCUACACCGCGGAGGAGAUCAACGCCUGGCGGCGCGGUGCGGCUAAAGCGGCGGCGCGCUGGAUGGGCGAGCAGAAGCGGAAGCAUCGGAGAGCUGGAAGUCAGGUGUCAAGAAGAUUACAGCGCUGGCCACAUCAGAAAGACUGCUUGGAGCAAUGCCGAGCAUUUAUUGCGAACCGCACGGCGAAUGCAAAGAAGGAUUUCUUUGUGCAGAUGGCCACUGGCACAGGAAAGAGCCUGGUCAUGGCCGAUCUUUUGGCUGACUUGAGUCCUUCAGGUAAGGCUUGCGUGAUUGUCCCCAAGUUGGAUUUGAUGGAACAGAUGGCAAAGCUCCUGGAAAAUGCUCUGCCAUCCGUGUUCAUUUCUCGGGUUGGUACGGGAUGGAGGGCCAACUUGACGGCCGAUGUGUUUGUUUGUGUGCGCAACUCAGCGUGGCAACUUGAGAACGUCUCCUUUGAUCUCCUAUUGCUUGAUGAGGCUCAUCACUACGAACCAAGUUUGCACUCUGACUGCACCAACCAUAGCGGACCUUACUUGAGACAGGUCUUCUCUCUGAAGGCCGACAAACGCGUUUUCUUCUCGGCUACCCUUGUCCGGAACUCGCCAGACUUUGACUUCAGUCUCAGGCCGGCCAUAGAAGCAGGCGUCAUCCAGGAUUAUUCCAUUCUGGUGCCCGUAGUCUCUGAAGGGGAUCCACGUCCCAGCCUGGUGGAGAUUAUUCAGAACCUUCCGUUGUCACGGAAGAUCCUGGCUUUUUGCAACACAGUCUGUGAAGCGAAGCGGUUUACCAAACUACUCAUUGAUGCUGGUAUCCCAGCAGGGCACUACAAUGCAGAUACCAAACAGUCACGCAGGCAACAGAUUUUGAGUAGCUUUGCGUUGAAUGAAGCUGGUGGAGGUAUUCGUGUCCUUGUUACCGUGGAUGUUCUCAGUGAGGGUGUUGAUUUGCCAUGGGCUGACACUUGUCUAUUUGUGGCCCCAAGGCGUGGCAUCAGGUUCAGACAAUGCGUUGGGCGAGUGCUUCGGAGGGAAACAGGAAAGCUUGAUGCUCUUGUCAUUGCACCACCCAUUGUGGCCAAUCCAGCAAGUGGCAACUUGACUGAAGAUCGAGAGUUGAGACGAUUACUUCAGGAUCUAGCAAGUGUUGAUCCCGUGUUUCGGAGGUCUUUGGGAGAAAAGAAGCUGGGGCAAACCUUGCCCUUGGCCAUCAAAGCUGGUGGGCUUCCCGGGGUCACUGUGGAAGAUGUGCUUGAACAAGCUGCGGAACUGCUGGACCUUCGGGUCCUACCAUCUGUCUUGAAACUGUUUCAGACAACCUGGGAAAGCUGGUAUGACAGAUUGCGGCAGUACAAGGAAGAACAUGGGAACGUGCUGGUGUCUCGCAAAUACAAAACUGCAGAUGGCUACAGCGCCAAUUGGCACGACACCUGGAUGUUUGGCUCCAUUUGCGUCCUCAUCGUCUUCCAGGUGGUCAGGGCAGUGGCAGCCAUGGGGCAUCACCCCUACUGUGUCUAUGGCCGUUGGGCUUGGCUGAUGUACUUGGGCACGGACAUCAGCAGCAUGGGUGACACAGUAGCGAUACUGCUCUCGGGUUGGUCCCUCUUGUGCUGCCGGGCCGUGCGAUGGAAUUGGAUGAUCUUCUCCUUCAUCCGUGUCAUCGAAUCCCUGGGCCGUUGGGGUCUCGGGGUGAACUUCUACGGCUUCAGCCAGGAGGUGCAAGAAGACCGGCGGAUGAUCUACGCCUUGGCGGUCUUUGGACUGGUGAUUUGGGUCCUCAUUGGAAGCCUCUACUACGUGGUGAACAGCACCAAUUCGGCGUCGCAGUGGGAAUAUGUGGGCGUCAUCAAGUACACCGACGGCGUGAAGACGCAGUCCCAGUGGCAACGCUUCGAAUCGAUCCCAUCGUCCAUGUUCUUUGCGCUGCUGACCUUGAACAAGAAGAACCCCUUGGCCCAUGUCUUUGUGACUUGGUAUGAGAAGCUCUUGGUCAUCUUCGUCAACAUUUGCUGUGUGCCGCUCUUCUCGCUGGUCUCCAGCAUGAUUGGAGGUAGCAUUAUGAAGCUGGUGCUCAGUGAGGCCCCGCCCGCGGAGGGCGCGCGCGAGCAGCCCAGCGAGGCGGCGGGUGAUGAAGUUGCAGAAUUGGAGGAUGACGAGGAUGACACCGCCGAUGGGGCAGAUGAUGUGGAAGAUCCAGAUGGAGGUUUUUUGUUGGCUGCUAUAGAUGGCCCCCCACGCAUGAAUGUGUCUGAGUAA